AUGUCGUACCAACCGUACAAUCAGCCGCCGCCCUACACCCAACAGCCCGGAUAUCCGCCGCCAGGAUCCGCCGGUUACAUGCCACAACAGGGCGGAUACUAUCCGCAAGGACAGCCGGGAGCCUAUUAUCCGCCACAGCAGCCGCAAGUUGUGUGAGUUUACGGGCGUUUAACACAAAAAAAAACUCUGAAAAUUGGGCUCAAGAUUACAGACUUUUCGGAAAAUGCUCGCAAAAUGGCCGAUUUUAAAAGAUAUCUGCAUUUGCGCUUCAAAAUACAUCGCAAAAAAGCAUACCUGCGUAUUUUCACAGGAAAUCCCGUUUGCAGAGUCGUUGAAGAACGCCGCGGAGGAGGUCGUUCGGGCGGAAGCGACAAUUGCUGUCUGGUGGCGCUGUUGGCGUGCUGUGCCGGUUGCUGCAUCGCCGAUUGCUGCGAUUGUUAG